UAAAAGAAUCAUGUUUCACAUGUUCGACCGUUCAUUUCGGGAUAAGAUGACAAUGUUUGUUGUACUUAAAAGUUAUACCUAACAACUCUUGUGAGGGAAUACAAGAAUAGUAAGGAUGUUGAUGAAAUCAUGAAAGUAGAAAUAAACUCUGCUAAAAAGAUUGAUUUUUUUUUUUUUUCUUGAAUUGGGAUUCAUGUCUUCAGCUCCGUGGCUCACGGCGCCACGGUCACCGCUCCGGUAUGCAGCUUCUCCUCAUCUCCUUCUUCUUCCUCGUAACCAGAAAGAUGGCAUUCCCGGCGCAGUCGACGCUCGCCGGAAGAAGCUGUUGUAUGGGAAUCAUCCGCCGCGGCUUCGCUGCUCCGUCGACAGUGAUAACAAUGCUAAUGGACCGCCAGAAUCUCAGCAUAGCUUGCAAGAACAGGAAGGUGCAGCAGAUGCCGGAAAUAAUCUUGGAGGAUCGCUUUCAGUUAAAGAGAUUGUGAAGAAAUUGAGAAGAUACGGCAUUUCAGGAGUAUUAUCAUACGGGCUACUGAAUACUGCCUACUAUCUUACGACAUUCCUCGUGGUGUGGAUUUAUGUCGCUCCUGCACCUGUCAAAAUGGGCUAUUUGGCUACUGUUAAAAGAUUCUUUAAAAUAUUGGCUAUGGUGUGGGCCGGUAGCCAAGUCACCAAACUUGCUAGAGCAGGAGGGGCGUUAGCUCUUGCUCCGUUUGUGGACAGGGGAUUGGCGUGGUUUACCGCCAAGUUUGGGUUUAAGUCACAAGGGAAGGCUUUCAUGGCUGUCGUUGGGUUUUGCUUUGCGUUGGCUGUGAUAGUAUUUCUCAUGGUGACGUUGCUGUGGGCAUAACGCUUCUCGGCCGUUGAUCUAUGGAGGUUCUCGGAUCUCCAUUGCUGUUUGUGGUGGAGAUCUUUUGGAUGGUUUUCGGCUUCAGUCGAGUUGCAAGAUGAGGAUGUGCAUGUAGCAAGAAAUCAUGAAAUCAUUAAUGUUUCUCACUUGAGAGUACUAUAAAACAUUGUAGUUUUGGUUCAUAGAAAAGAAGCUUUUACCAUUCAUUUGACAGGGCAACUUAGGUUGAUUUACUUCCUUAUGAUUCUUUA